AUGACGUACAUGACGUACAUGUUUGUUUCGAAUAACUAAAAUAAACAAGGUGGAAAAUAUAAGGGUUUCUGACUUGUUCCAAAGCUGAAAUGAUAUUUGUGUUAAAUUAAUAGUUUCUUAAAUAGAAUUGAUCUACAAGUGUUUACCUAGGGCACACAGAAAAAUGUCUGCAGCUAAUGCAGCCCCUAUAACUGCUACAGACAGCUUAUCACAAGCUCUAAAAGCUAACAUAAUCCCGAAUCAGGAGUACUUAUUGCAGGGUUCAGUCCUAGAUUCAGCUGUAGAAGUUCUACUACAUCGCCUUCGCGGUUUGUGCGAUAAUGUGGACGCUGGCCCAGAGACAUUUGAUGAUCAAGAAGUAUGCUUUAGUUUACGAGAUCCAAAUCAACAGGCUGCUCCGUUAAUGCUGCGAGUAAGGAAAGCCUUGGACUGCCGUGAUAUGCCAUACCAACUCCGGUACAUAGGUCAACCAGACCUGGGUGACAAGAACAGACCCACUGUAGUGAGGUCUAGUUUGGAUAUAGCUUGCAGUGGCAUGCUCAUAGAUUUCCUCAAUGAACUUGGCUGUAGAAUUGAAUUUGAAUAUAGUGUUAAAGGUUACAUGUUCAGAAAAGGCCGCAUGAAGAUAACAGUGGCGAAGGUGUUUAAGAUAUCUCAAGGGUCAAUGCCCCCGGAACCUAUAUCUCAGAGUUAUCUGGUUGAGUUAUCUGUUCUAGCCCCGCAAGGCCAGGACGCCAUUGCCGAGGACAUGCGCGCCUUCGCCGACCAGCUCCGGCCGCUCGUGCAGCUCGACAAAAUAGACUACAAGAGGCUCGGCCACAUGGCUGUCACAUAGCCCAUAGCCACCGUCCCAUACUUAGGUUGACACACAUCUACAGACUUUGUACCUACUAUAAAACGGGAUAAGGAAGAGUAUUUUCUACAAUUCUAUGCCUUAAAUUAUUCGACGUGACUUGAUUUCCAUAACUUUUUUCGAAGUGACUACUUCGAAAAAUUGUCAUGAAAUCAAUAUUAUCUCUUUAUGUUUGGGGGCUCUCAUUUAAAACCAAAUUUUUACAAAAA